GAUUAUUGAAAUUCCAUUGUAUUUCUAUUAAAUGGGUAAAUAUGUCGUGAAAGGUAUUAUACAUCAGAAUCCCUUUUCAUACUAAUGCUAAUGCAUGAAAUUUGAAACAUUUGUGAUCUCAUAGAUACCUUCUUACUGAACUGAAGUUUGAACUAUAUAGAAAGAAUUAUUAGGUUUGAAUGACAACACACCUAGAAUAGAUAUCUGCUGCACUGGACAUAGAUAGCUCAAUUUGAAUCAAGUACAAUGUCACUCCUCAUUGCAACUGGUUUAUUUUGUGUAAUAUAUUUAUUGGUAAAGUUUUUAAAUAUAUCACAACCUUGUCAUUUACCAGAAUUAUAUUUUAAAGAUAAAACUUCUAAUUUUAUACAAACAGUAUUUACCAUGUGUCCUAUUUUAUUUGAAAGUUAUAUUCCACCAUUAUUAUGGGGUAAAAGUGGACACCUACAGACAUUCAUUUAUGCUAAAAUGGGUCGCAUCAUGUCACCAUUACCUAAUGGUAAACGUAUAGAACUUAUCAGACCAGAUAAUGCUACGAUGUCUUUUGAUGUCUUCCAACCUCAUUAUGAACAUCCUACUGGAAGAGACUAUACGUUAGCAGUAUGUCCUGGUAUAGCUAACAGUAGUGAAAGUCUAUAUAUAAGAACUCUGGUAGAUCAUGCUCAAUAUAAUGGUUUUAGAGUAGCAGUAUUAAACCAUCUGGGUGCUUUACGUAAAGUCAAAUUAACAUCUCCAAGAAUCUUCAACUAUGGUGAAACUGGUGAAUAUAAUUGUAUGAUAGAUGAAUUAAAACGACUAUACCCCAAUACCAGUAUUAUAGCUGUAGGUUGUAGUAUGGGAGCUAAUAUAGUUAUUAAAUACCUAGGUGAAUGUAAACAACAUGAAAAUAAAGUUAUUGGUGCUUUAUCGUUUUGUCAAGGUUAUGAUGUCAAUGAUGCCAAACCAUUUUUAUUAGGCUGGGAGUCUUGUAGACGUUUAUAUUGUUAUUUUAUGGCAAUCAAUUUAAGACAGUUAUUAAGAAGUCAUCAAGAUAUAUUGUUUACUGAACAAGCUCAAUCAGAGUAUGGAACUGUUGAAUUAAAAAAACUCUAUUCUGCUACAUCAUUAUUAGCUAUAGAUGAAUUAUAUAGUGUAAAUGCAUUUAAAUUUAAAUGUUGUGAAGAGUACUAUCAUUGGGCGAGUUGUAAGCAGUAUAUACAGAAUAUAACUAAACCUAUAUUUAUAUUAAAUGCAGAAGAUGAUCCUAUUGUUCCCAAACAGUUAUAUACCACACCUUUAAAAUAUCAAGAAAACCAUGAUAACUGUUUAUUUAUUGUAACUAAACAUGGAGGUCAUUUAGGAUUUUUUGAAGGAGGAUUUAUUAAACCUAAUACAAUAACCUGGUUAGAUAGAGCUGUUGUUCAGUUCUCUAAUGUUCUCUGUGAAUUAGAUUGUAAGGAGAGGAAAUCUUAGACUUUAUUAAAAGGGUAUGAUCAUCGAAAUUUUCUUCUUUAAUUGAUAAGACCUUCAUAUCAGAUAUUUCACUUUUCAGGAUG